AGCCCCUCCCCCGGCAGGCCCGGCCCGGCGCGGGUUGCCAUGACAAGCAUUUUCUCCCGCUAGCUCCGCAGCCGUCACCGCCCUCCUUAUGGCCGCGCGCGGGGGCUCCGCCGACAGCCGGGACGGGGCGCCGCGCCGCUCCAGUUGCUGUGGUAUCCAGGGAGCCCUCCUCCUCCGGCAGGAGAUGCACGCCGGCCGUUGCUAAGGUUGCCUCCACGGUAACAUGCACAUCCUGUUUACACCUUCAUCCGGAGGACUCAGGCUCGGCUAGAGGUACCGCUGCACCCAGCCCACCCCAAGGGACAGGGACAUCUGUGGGGCUGCCCCCAGCUCCCCUCGAAAGCAAGCCUUCGUGGCUCUGUCCUUGGCGAGAUGACGAACAACGUGGCCGACCACCACCCUGGGAACUCGGUUGCUGAAGGCAACCAUGAGGGGGACUUUGGUUGCUCGGUGGUGGAGCUCAGGAAUCUCAUGGAGCUGCGGAGUGCCGAGGCAGUCGCCCGGAUUAACGACUCCUAUGGCGGCGUGCAGAGCGUCUGCAAGAGGCUGAAGACGUCACCGGUUGAAGGUCUGUCUGGGAACCCGACUGACCUGGAGAAGAGGAGGCAGGUGUUCGGCCAGAACUUCAUUCCUCCCAAGAAAGCCAAGACGUUCCUGCAGUUAGUGUGGGAGGCACUCCAGGACGUCACCCUGAUCAUCUUGGAAAUAGCAGCCAUAAUCUCCCUGGGGCUGUCGUUCUACCAUCCCCCGGGUGGUGACAAUGAACUGUGUGGGCAGUCGUCAGGUGGCGUGGAGGACGAGGGUGAGGCACAGGCCGGCUGGAUCGAGGGGGCAGCCAUCCUGUUUUCAGUCAUCAUCGUGGUGCUGGUGACUGCCUUCAAUGACUGGAGCAAAGAGAAGCAAUUCCGCGGCCUCCAGAGCCGCAUUGAACAAGAGCAGAAGUUCACAGUGAUCCGCAAAGGGCAGGUGAUCCAGAUUCCUGUGGCAGAAAUCGUGGUGGGAGACAUUGCACAGAUCAAGUACGGUGACCUCUUGCCAGCGGAUGGCAUUCUGAUCCAAGGGAAUGACCUGAAAAUAGAUGAGAGCUCGCUGACUGGAGAGUCCGACCAAGUUAAAAAAUCACUUGAUAAAGACCCCAUGCUGCUGUCAGGUACCCACGUGAUGGAGGGCUCUGGGCGGAUGGUGGUGACCGCAGUGGGAAUCAACUCCCAGACAGGAAUCAUCUUCACUCUUUUGGGUGCAGGAGAAGGAGAUGAGGAAAAGAAGGUGAAGAAAGGUAAAAAAACCGGAGCCCCUGAAAAUCGCAACAAAGCUAAAACUCAGGAUGGUGUGGCCUUAGAGAUCCAACCCCUGAAGAGCCAGGAAGGGGUGGAAAAUGAGGAGAAGGAGAAGAAGAAGGUGAAGGUGCCUAAGAAGGAGAAGUCUGUGCUCCAGGGGAAGCUGACGCGCCUGGCGGUCCAGAUUGGGAAGGCAGGGCUCAUCAUGUCGGCCAUCACAGUGAUCAUCUUGGUACUGUACUUUGUCAUCGACACCUUUGGGGUGCAGCGUCGGCCCUGGCUGGCAGAGUGCACCCCCAUCUACAUCCAGUACUUCGUCAAGUUCUUCAUCAUCGGUGUCACCGUGCUGGUGGUGGCUGUGCCCGAAGGGCUCCCCCUGGCAGUCACCAUCUCCCUGGCCUACUCGGUGAAGAAAAUGAUGAAGGACAACAACCUUGUGAGGCACUUGGAUGCUUGUGAGACCAUGGGUAACGCCACUGCCAUCUGCUCAGACAAGACUGGCACGCUCACUAUGAACCGAAUGACUGUGGUGCAGGCCUACGUGGGGGACACUCACUACCGCCAGAUCCCUGACCCCGAAGCCAUCCUGCCCAAGAUCCUGGACCUCAUUGUCAAUGGUGUUGCCAUCAACUCUGCCUACACAUCCAAGAUCCUGCCACCAGAGAAGGAAGGGGGGCUACCCCGGCAAGUGGGGAACAAGACAGAGUGUGCCUUGCUGGGCUUCGUGCUGGACCUGAAGCAGGAUUACCAGGCUGUGCGGAAUGAGGUGCCAGAGGAGAAGCUGUACAAGGUCUACACCUUCAAUUCAGUGCGCAAGUCCAUGAGCACGGUGCUCAAGAACAGCGACAACAGCUUCCGCAUGUACAGCAAGGGAGCCUCUGAGAUCAUCCUCCGCAAGUGCACCAAGAUCCUGGACAAGAAUGGUGACCCCCGGGUGUUCAAAGUGAAGGAUCGGGAUGAGAUGGUGAAGAAGGUGAUUGAGCCCAUGGCAUGCCAUGGGCUGCGGACCAUCUGCCUGGCCUUCCGUGACUUCCCUGCUGACACUGAGCCUGACUGGGACAGUGAGAAUGAGAUCCUGUCUGACUUGACCUGCAUUGCUGUGGUGGGAAUAGAGGACCCAGUGCGGCCAGAGGUGCCAGAUGCCAUCCUGAAGUGCCAGCGCGCGGGCAUCACUGUCCGCAUGGUGACUGGGGACAACAUCAACACUGCCCGUGCCAUCGCCACCAAGUGUGGCAUCCUGCUGCCUGGAGAGGACUUCCUGUGCCUGGAAGGGAAGGAGUUCAACCGGCUUAUCCGCAACGAGAAGGGCGAGGUGGAACAGGAGCAGCUGGACAAGAUCUGGCCCAAGCUGCGUGUGCUGGCCCGCUCGUCCCCAACAGAUAAGCACACGCUCGUCAAAGGAAUUAUUGACAGCACUGUUGGUGACCAGCGGCAGGUGGUGGCUGUCACCGGGGAUGGGACCAAUGAUGGCCCAGCUCUGAAGAAAGCUGACGUUGGAUUUGCUAUGGGCAUUGCAGGCACUGAUGUUGCAAAGGAGGCUUCAGACAUCAUCCUGACGGAUGACAACUUCACCAGCAUCGUCAAGGCAGUGAUGUGGGGUCGCAACGUCUAUGACAGCAUCUCCAAGUUCCUGCAGUUCCAGCUGACAGUUAACGUGGUGGCUGUCAUCGUGGCUUUCACGGGCGCCUGCAUCACGCAGGAUUCUCCCCUGAAAGCCGUGCAGAUGCUGUGGGUGAACCUCAUCAUGGACACCUUUGCCUCCUUAGCCCUGGCAACGGAGCCUCCAUCUGAAUCCCUGCUGCUCCGCAAGCCGUAUGGCCGCAACAAGCCACUCAUCUCCCGCACCAUGAUGAAGAACAUCCUGGGGCACGCUGUGUACCAGCUGACUAUCAUUUUCACACUGCUUUUUGUGGGGGAGAAACUGUUUGACAUUGACAGUGGCCGGAACGCCCCAUUGCAUUCCCCACCCACUGAGCACUACACCAUUGUCUUCAACACCUUCGUCAUGAUGCAGUUAUUCAAUGAGAUCAAUGCACGCAAGAUCCAUGGGGAGAGGAAUGUCUUUGAGGCCAUCUACCGCAAUCCCAUCUUCUGCACAGUGGUGCUGGGGACGUUUGCAGCCCAGAUCAUCAUUGUGGAGUUUGGUGGGAAGCCUUUCAGCUGCUCCGGGCUCACCCUGAGCCAGUGGUUCUGGUGUAUAUUUAUUGGAGUGGGAGAGCUCCUCUGGGGCCAGCUGAUCUGCACAGUCCCUACCAGCCACCUGAAAUUCCUCAAGGAAGCUGGGCACGGCAUCACCAAGGAGGAGAUCCCAGAGGAAGAGCUGCCAGAGGAUGUGGAUGAGAUCGACCACGCUGAGAUGGAGCUGCGGCGUGGGCAGAUCCUGUGGUUCAGGGGUCUCAACAGGAUACAGACGCAGAUGGACGUAGUUUACACAUUCCAGACCGGCGCCUCCUCUUUGCAGGGAGCCCUCAGGAGACAGCCUUCCAUCGUGAGCCAGCACCACGAUAUCAAGGUGGUGAAUGCGUUCCGUAGCUCCUUGUAUGAAGGCCUCGAGAAACCUGAGUCCAGAAGCUCCAUCCAUAACUUCAUGACACACCCGGAGUUCAUCCUGGAGGAAGAUGAGCCUCGAACACCAUUCCUUGACAGCGCCGAAGAUGACCCCGAGACCGACGGACUCAAAAAGCGAGGUGGGGGCAGCCUGGGUGGAUCUUCAUCCCUCAACAGAAAUAACAACGCAGUGGACAGUGAUCAAACCGAGGUCAACUUUGUGGAGCCUGAAAGCCUCUUUCACAGCUUGGAGACAUCGGUUUGACCUUAGAACUUCAACCCCCCUCCCACCGCCCUCCUCCACCUUCGCCCCACGUCCAGCGUGAUGUUGCCAUCAGUAACUGAUCACAAGCUGCAGUCACUUUGUGUCAAACUGCUCAUAAGUAUAUCAUUUGGGGUUGUUUUUGUUUUUGGGUUUUUUUUUUUUUUUUUUUUUACUAUGAUUUAGCUGUGGGAACCAGAGUACCAUGAUGCUGAGAAUUAGAAGAGGGGGCAUCGUGCAUCUUCACCCCUAGUUUUCAGUGGUACUUGCCCAAGUGAAACAGCCAGGUUAUUUCCUCUCUGAGAGUUGGGCUCCAUGUGCCUGCAGGGGGUUUUCACGUUGAAAAAUGCAUGUUCCAAGGAAGCUCAAAUUGUUGUAGUCUUACAUGCACAGUCCCUGCCUGAGGGCUGAGGUGCACUUGUGACUUUCUUUUUCACUUGUGGUUUUUAAGGUUUUCUUCCAAUGUUGGGGGUUUGUUCUUUGCUUGUGGGAUUUGCCCCCAGUUACUUCACAGUGGGAAGUUGGGGGAGUUAGCACUGUAGUGCAAAAAGCCUAAAAAUAAAACAAAAAGAAAAAAAAAGAAAAAAGAAAAAAGAAAAAAAAAAACAGUCGGGAGGAAGGUGUUUACUCACAGGUUGCUCAGACAGGGAUGUACACCAGUCUUCCACCUUGACAAAUGGUACCCAGCCUUUACAGCUCCUCCUCUUGUGUGCACACAUUGCUGUCUGUUUCCAAAGCAGUCUCUGGUAGACAAGGAAUGAAGGUGGCUUGGUUUGGUUGUGAGGGCUUGAUUUUAUUUUUUUUCCUUUUUUUCCUUUCUCUCCCCACCAUGAAGUAAGGUGGAAGUGAAUGGCAGGUCAAGCAUGGUGAAGAAGAAACAGUGAGAAACGGGGUGCUUUCUGUUAGAGGAGCUGCGUCUCUUUUGCUCGUGAUCACCUGCGCAGCGUUUUGGCGAGAGCUCUGGGGAGCUUUAGCAGUUCCCACUGUCAGGAGCAGAGGGACUUUUGCCUGCUUUGGAUUGUCUGUACUCCUCCUGGGCUGAGUAAUCAUCAGCCUCGCAGUGAAAGCUGUGUCAGGUGAGGAGGAACCCAGGGGAUGCUCCAGCUGGACCCACUGGUUCUGUGUGUCACUUCUGAAGUGUGAAUGGAGAAUAAAUGUUGUUGGUGUGGCUGGGGCGGCUCUCAGAUCAUAAGAACAAGUUGAGUUGUGCCCUAGAGGGAAAGGGAUCUCUGUGGCUGUGGGGAGACCUGUUGGUUUCCACAGCACUCCUGCAGCUGAUAUUGGUGCUGGGUUUGUUGGUCGGCUGCAGCUCUUCCAGAAGUGCUGCGGGCCUUGCUUGCUGGAGGUUCUCUCCUCACCCUGCAUCCUGCCUCUCCUUGGUCUGUAGUAACUGUUCCUCUGCAGGGCGGCAGCUGUAGGUUGUGUCCUGUGUGUCCUGGCUCUAGCCAUCUUGCCAAGCCAAGAGUGGGCAGGAGGCAGGAUUUUUGCUUUGCUUGGGCUUGAUUUCUUUCCCCGUGAGUGCGGUCCCUUGGUCGUUGUCCCCUAGUAUGCAGGGCUGAAAAGAGCUCUGCUGCCUUCUGUCCCUUGUCCCAGUAGGUUUGAUUGGAAGCAGAGAGAACAUGGCGGUAACUAGCUGUGCUGUCUGCCCGGCCUCUGUCCCUGUAGGUAUCUGUGAGGGGGUGCUCUGGCUGGUUUAUUUUUUCCUUUUCCGUUAAGAACGCACAGCAGAAUCUCCCGUGCCUUCUCCGAGCACUGCCUGCAGCACCGCCUGCCACGCGAGGGCCCACUACUUUGCCAAGAAAUAAGUGUUCCUUAAUGACAACAGCAAAAACCAAGUGUCUUUGUUUUGUUUCCAGCCCAGCGCUGAGCCAUCCCUUCCUUGGGGUGGUAGCAGGGAAGGACCCAGGUGCCGAAGUCAGGCCCUGCUGCCCUGCCCAGUGCCGCCAAGGGGGGCGUGAAGGCUGGGCUCAGUUCACUGCCAGCAGCGAGGAGAAGUUGCCACCACUGCCCAUCUCAGUUGCAAAUUCAGUGUUGAGACACCAGCCCUGCCCGCGCAGACAAACCUGUUGCUGUCCUCCCCUUCCUCUGCAUGUGAGACGAACAAAUGCUGUGGGCAGGAAGGCGCAGCGUGCCGCUGUGUGGCGGUGUGGGGAAGGGAUGCUCGUGGGGUUUGGUUCCGUACUGAAGGUGACAUUGCUCGAAAGAUCACUUUUUUUUUUUUUCUAUUUUAUGUGCUUGCAAAAAAAAAAAAAAAAAAAAUCUUAGAGGCUUGCAUAAAUAUUUAUUAUAUGUGUUGGGGGAGGGAGGGUGCUGCUUUUUUUUUUUUCUUUUUCCUUUCUUUUUAAUUACCUCAGACCUAUUUAAAAACAAACAGGAAAACCAAAAAAAAAAAAAAAAAAAGACUUAAACCAAUGAAAAACAACACAAAGCCAACUCUGGAGGUGCUUAAUUCCCUCCCAGAGGCCUGUGACCAGCAGGUUGCCAUAGGGGUCUGGUUGUUUGUUAGUUGAUACUUUAUUGUUGUCCUAGUUUCCAUAUUAGGAGGGGGGGAGAAAUCAUUAUAGAUAAAUAUUAUGCAAAAAAAGAAGUCUAGUUUUCUUUAGAUCAGAAACUGAUAUUUUUACGUCAGCCAUAUGUAUUUUGUUUAAAGUAAAAUAAAUAAAUAAUAAUAAAAAUCUUAGGGUCCUGCAUCUGCAGUGGCUGCUGACUGCGAUGGCAAUUCCAAGUGCCGGCGUGUUGCCAUUGAUGCCAGUCAGCCUCCUAUUCUCUGAGCAGCCAUCUUUAUACUAGAUGUUAGUUGGAGGACAAGUUUUACAUAUAUAUAUAUAUAUAUAUAUAUGUAUACAUAUAUAUAUAUAUAUAUAUAUGUAUAUGUGCGUGUGUGUGUAUAUAUAUAUAUAUAUAUAAAAAUCAUGUUGGUAUGGCUGGUUGCUUAAGGUAAGCCAUUUAUUGUGCAUACAUCUUUCAUGUAAAGUAUUUUUUCUUAUUUGGUUUCAAUGAUAUACUGGCAGCAGACGAUUAUUGGGUUAAGUUAUUGAGGACAUUAUAAAAACAAACAAACAUUUGGGGAGAUGGGUGCUCUGCUGGAGAGGCAUGGGCAGCAGCAUGGACUGUGGGGACUCUGCGACAUGCCUUGGAAGAGGGGGAGAUUUUGUUUUUCGCUUUGUUUGAACUGCGAUGAGUGCCAUUGCCAGACAGGAACUGAAAUCAUACCCUGUGAUCUGUGUUAACUUGCCUUGGAAUGCUUCGUUAUUAAAACACUCUGAACAUAA